AUGAUUACAAGAUCACCGACUAGAACUAAAACGAAAUCGUUUCACGGCACUCAAAUGGAUUUUAAGUUUCCAAGCUUGGACUUUCUGCCAGACGAAGAUGUGGACAACUACAAGAUGUCGAAUCAUCAUAUUGUUAACGAUGCAAUUCUCCGUCAGAAAGAUGACGAUAACGAAGAAGAAGACGUUAGCUCGCAAUUACUUUCUGACUAUACUCACUCUAACUCCGGUCACUCGUCUAAUGCCAUUGGUAGCGCCUUUUACUCGUUUGCCAAUAUUUCGGACAAUACUACUGCGCCCAAGACCAGUGGAAGCAACGGGAUGCCCUCGUGGGACUCAAACGCUUCGGGAGGCAGGAAAAAGUAUCCCUCGACGCUGGCACCUCCUGUUACAGCGACGCCACCUGUGAAAAGAGCGCUUGACGUUUCCAACACUAGACCUAGCCGUCAGUCAACUUUUUCGCAUAAAAAUCGCUACUCGGCCUCCACAGCAGCGGGAACAAUCCCUACCGCUGACAAUAUGUCGUUCCAGAUCACGUUUGGGUCUUGUGGAACGGAUUUCAACGCGUCUGCUGCCGCGGCAUUGUCGCCAAAUAUGCGUUCGAAACCAACUUCGUUGACCGACUACUCUACAAUAAAGCCCCUGCGGCAAAAUUCUGUCACUCGAAAACCUACUAACCUGAAAAGAUCUAAGGCAAUUAGGUGCAAAGGAGGGCUACUUCAGUUUUUCUCUACGCUGCGAAAUAGGACGAGGACAAGGCUCCACCGCUGGCGGGUUGCAAUAAGAAAGAAACUUUUCACGUAUCGAAACAGAAAUAAAGCGAGGAAAAGCAAGACACAAACGACUUCCCAUUUAAAAAGAGCUAACGGAUUUGUCACAAAUUUUGAAAGGUCUUCUUCCUCCCUUAAGACCGUGGAUUCGGUGUCCAUCACCAAGAGCAGAAGUUUAAAGGAUCAGUCGGUAGCCACUCCUGAUCCUGAAGUGAAACAUGAUUCCGAAGGGAUUGUGACUUCCCCAAAGCCUAAUAAGACUUCUCUCAGACGUUCUCCUUCCUCAAUCAAGAGGGCCGCCUCAAUUUUAACUCGUGCCAACUCUCAGACUGCAGGCAGUCACCAGGGGUCAACCACACCUGUCACCAGGAAAAACUCUCAUACCAAAUUAGUGAGAUCAACACCUUCUCGCUCUUUGAACGCCAUCGUUAGACAACCGUCUAUUGUUGUAAGCAACAAGGUGAUUCCCCUCUCAAAGCUCAACGUUUCAAACAAUGAGUUCCCUAUCAAAGAAGAAGAUGAAGACGAAUAUGUUAUUAAUACCCACGUUAUGGCUCGCAGCAGUUUCGAUAGCACCUAUCGCAGUAACACGCCGAGUAUAGCUUCUAUGAGCGACCAGGCUUUCGAGGACGCCCAGUCGCAUGUUGAUACAGAAGAGGAACAAGAAAACCUUGAGAACGAAAAGCCUCAAAAUUCGUUGGCAGAAUGGAAUCAUUUCCUGAGCGAGACAAUAUCCCGCCAGAUUCUAAUGCGUUUACAAAUUGCCAAGUUCCAGGAAGCGGGCCCCGAUGAUGAUUGCAAGGAGUUGAUUGAUGCUAUUAUAUCCGAUUAUGAAGAAGUCACAACCUCCAGCAUUUACGAUUCUGAUAAGCGCGAUGAAAUAACCUCGAUGACUACAAUUUCUUCAGAAGAAGAUGCCCGGUGUUUCUCGAUUCAAACUUCAGCAAAUAAAGGUAGCCCCACAUCAUCCACGAGACGCGGUGGCGCUUUUGAAAUGCUAGCAAGCACUUUCAAUGGAUCAGUCAAAAGAUCCUUGACGUUACCUGUUGGUGUAAGAAUAUAA